AUGCCAGGUUUGCGCGCAAUCACCUACACUGCAAAUCUGCUGUCGUCUCCCUUCCGACCCAUGCCUCCUCUCGAGGACAAUGACAACGAGGAUGAUGACGCUGCCUAUGACGAGGAUGACGAGGACGACGAGGAGAUUGACUUCCCUCCUUUCCUUGACACCCCUCAUAGCGAGAGUAUCACCGUGUCACCAUACGGUUGGUCGUCUACCCAUCGAGGGUUUCCAUCAGACGAACACCGCUCGCAACUCAUUCUGUGGGAGAUGAACGCCUGCGUUGGCGUCACUAAACGUUGGAUGGAUUUUGCUUUGUCGGUAAUGGUUAACUUGCAUCCGACGCUUCCUUUUACUGUCCCCGAAAGGCCCAUCCCAAUGCGCGUCACUAUGGUAUGGGCGGAGUCGCCGCGUCGAAUCCCCCUUCUGUACAGUCGUACACCAUACUGCGUGUAUUUUCACGUCGCGGCAACACUGUACGAUGCCUUGGAUCUCCACCUGGCGGCGGUUGCCUUCUACUUCGUCAAGAAUCGACUAAAACCCUACUACAGCACCACGGACUGCUUGGCUACCAAGUGUAUCGAUCGCAUCGUUGUGACCGGACAUCAGCACGACUCAACAGUCGGGGUUAUACUUGGCACUGAAAUGCUCUCGACCGCUUUUAACGCCACGCGUGCCCUUUGUGACGAACAUCCUUCGGGCGAACGCCUGACUCUUGGUGAUUUCCGUGUCACAUGCGACGAUGGCGUCGACUUGCCCGACCUAGACAUCCUUCAUGAUCGCGUUCAGGACACUCUACGCGCAGCACGGUAA